AUGGACGAGGCACAAAAUCAGCAAGGUAGAAAAAGGUUGCACUUCCGUGCAAUCAUAGGAGAUGCGAAAUCACUUAGCCUCUCAGUCCAGAGACGGAUCAUGCUAGAGGUUGCUUGUUGCCUCGCAAAUCUGUGGUCCUGCGACAAGCGCAGCACCACCAUGCUGCUAUACGCACCUCGAAGGAAGAACGAAAACAUCAUCGGGUGUGCAACGGAUGAACACAAUUUCAAGUCACGUACGAACUAUGAUUAUUUUCAGUACUGCAGUCUUUCUCUUUUCUCGUCGACAGACACAGAUAUCACCUUUUUAUGUUUGCGAAUUUUCACAAUUUUCCUUUUCCUAAUUUUCCGAUCUAAGGUGUCGAAAGUUUCUCUGUCUAUUGUUGCCUAUCUUCAUUGUUGA